AUGGAACAUCCCAGAAGAUCCAAAACAGACAAAAUAUUCAGUUCUUCCGCCCUGCAGCACUGCGAAGGGGGAAGGCCUGCCGUGCUCCAGAAGAUGGUGGAGGCCCUUGGCGGGGCCGUGCAAGAAAGCGUUGGAGAAGCCCGAAUAACCCGAGCCCCGGAAGAAUCUGCAAUCUUUUUCCCUGCAGAAGAAAACAGGGCUCUCCAGGAAGUUCUUGCAGGCACUGUGAAAGAAAUGGAAGAGUUCCUUCACAGCCCGGAAUUCGCUAACUCUGUGCGCGCAUAUGCAGUGCCCGCAUACAACCAAGCACUUUUGGAGCUUUCUGGCUCUUCACCCGAUGCCGCCGGAAAUAGAAAAAAUUUGCUGCACCUGAAGAAAGUCAAAAAGCACGUUUACCAGAUGAUGAAAACAUCUGCUGGCUUUUUGGAGUUGGUCAUCUUCCAGAAAGUGAUUGCGCUUUCUGAGUACCUGAAAUUCCAUGAAAAAAUCGAGGCACUUUCCCUCACGGGGACCCCCCUUCUAAGUAGCGCCCUGUGGGAAAAGUUUUCCCCGAAUUUUUCCAUGGAGAAAGUCGAAGAAAGAAAAAAAGAAAUACAAAAUCUCGACCGCGAACUCGAAGGCUUUUUUUCCUGGGAGGAGUCCCUCUGGGGAGGAGAAGCCUGCAGAAAUAGAAAGGGCGGAGAAAGAUCCGAAGUAACCCUGCUGACAUGCGAGAAAUUGCAGAAGAAAGUCCUGGAGUACGCUGGGGAGAGGAUAAAGGGCCUUAUCGACGAAAAACUAGCCAAUCUCUCACGGGGGGGCAGUAAGCCCACGGAAACCCGGGACUCUAGCGUGGAAAAGGGUCUUUCUAGUGGGAAACUCAGCAGAAGCAGCGUCUUCAGGGAAGAGGGAGAAGAAUUGCUCAGAGGCAGCAUAUACUCGGGUUAUUCGGGCUUUGGCAUACGGUCCUGCGAUCUUAUACGCAAGCAGACUGCAGACUGCGAAUUAGUUGCGGAUAUUUUAGCGAGCCUGGAGGAAGAGGAGAAGAGUAUAGAAGAUCUAUGGGGAAGGUUCGACUCCGCCCAAAGGGAAAAUGCAUAUCUUUUCAGGCACACUGAGGAACUGCAAAAGUACAAAGUGCACCUGGAAAUGUAUGAGCAAAGAUUCCGCACGAGGCGUAUCUCUGUGAUGGACUCGCUUAAUCUACUGGAAGCAGCUGCUGAUGAGGCGUGCCAGAAAGCUCUGAAAUGGAAAAUAGGUGAACCUGAAAAAACUGGUUUUUCCCAAAAAGGAAAUGUCCACCUGAAAGAAAUUCUCGCUCGAAACCCCGCCCUUUUUUUAACUGACGCAGUGGAAAGUGCCAGAUUCAAAAUCAGGCAAAUCGACGCCCUGAUCCAGGCCGUUUCCAUGCAAAGGCCCGGAGAGCUAGAGUGUGAGUACGUUUUCAGGCUUUCCCCGAAUAACCCGAAUCAAAAUUUUUCAGAGUGUCCAAGCAGCUCUCUGGAGAUUACAGAGAUAGAUGCCCGAAUCCACGCGCACGAACUGUCUCUGAGCUUUCUGUCGAAGAGGAUAACCCAAAUGAAAAGCAAGGAAAACUAUACCAAGUCCCUCGUGGAUCUGGAGGGUUUUGAGACAAACGAGUACUCGUUUAUCGAGGGAAUUAUAAGCCUAAAGGAGCAGAGGGAGAGAAAGACGUGCGAGAUGGGAGAAAGCCCGAAUAACCCAGCGUAUAGAGAAAUUGGAAGCCGUUCGCGGAUUCUCGAGCUGGUCCAGCACAAGGCCCUUCUUCAGUGCAAGAUCGAGUCCUUCAAGGAAGAGCUUAAAAGAACAGAGAAGCUUUCUGACUUGGAGAGAAAGGAGUGGGUUAUUGAGCAGGUUAUAAAGAAAGCACCCGAAAUAUUCUUUAGUCCUGAUAUGGCGAGCUCCUUCUUGGAAUUCAAAAAGGCAGUACCUGACGUUUUAUCUCGUGCAGAAAGAACGCGGGAAAACGAAAAGACGCGGGAGAAGACGGAAAGAAGAGCAUCGGUUAUAUCCGCUGUUCAGAAGACUCUGAUCGCGAUCGUGUUCGUUCUUGGCGCAGUCUCUGCGGGCACUGCGUACGCGCGCAUUUCCGGAGAGUAA